AUGUCUUCCUAUUUCGAUCAUUUUUUAAUUAUUAAAAUUUUUGGGUUCUUAUUUGAUUCUCAUUUGGUAUUGAUAUUAUCUAUAUUUAUAAUUUUUGUAGCUUUAAAUUUUACUUUUAUAAUCCCUUCAAGAAUUCAAUUAUUUUUUGAAAUGAUUAUUAAUCAUUUUUUUCAAAUUGUAAAAGAAAAUUUAGGAAACAAUUCUCAAAUAUAUGUAUUAUUUCUAUCAACUUUAUUUUUUUAUCUUUUAUCAAUUAAUUUAUUAGGAUUUUUUAUUUUUACUUUACCACCCACUACUCAUAUUUCACUAACUUUCGGAUUAUCAUUUUUCAUAUGAUUAUCAAUAAUAGUAUUUGGAUUUUUUAAUUUUAAAAGUUCUUAUUUAAGUAUGUUUAUGCCAACAGGGGCUCCUUUAGGUCUUUCUCCUUUAUUAGUAUUUAUAGAACUAGCUAGUCAUAUUUCUAGACCUAUAGCUUUAGGAAUGCGUUUAGCAGCUAAUUUAACAGCUGGACAUAUUUUAUUAACUAUUCUCUCUGAUUUUAUAUUUAAGAUGAUAUGUUUUUCUUCUUCUUUUUUUAAUUUAUUUCCUUUAAUGAUUAUUAUAUUUAUGAUUAUAUUAGAAAUAGGUGUCUUAGUAAUUCAAGCUUAUGUUUUUACUCUUUUAUGUUUAAUUUAUUUAAAAGAUAGUUUAAUUCUACAUUAA